GAAUAGUUAUUGCGGACUUCGGGAGCAUUGCUCCCUUUUCUCACAUGAUGGGUGGGCCAAUGGUGGGUGGAGGGAGCAAUGCUCCCGGACUACCGAUAAAUGUCACCAGUACAUUGUACUUUUGAGGGCUGAACGCAUCUACAAUAUUCAAGCACCUUGAGCCUUUCCCGCCACUAGCCGUUAAAUUCCAAGACCACCUUAUUCAAAACCCUCCCCUACAUGAUUUUUCUUAAUUGUAUUUGUCAUUCUUUAAUCUCCAUCUUCUUCUUCUUCUUCUUCUUCAAACAAUCAAAUGACACUUCAGUCAAUAACAAAGCAAAAGAGAACCUCUCCUUUCUCAUCUUCCCUCCACUCUCUUCUCAACCCCAACGCGUUCACCCAAUGCCCAUUUCACGCAAUUCCCUCACCAACCCCUCAACUAAACACUAACUCCAAACCCCAACAAACUUUUUAUCCAUUAUCCAAGCUUCGUGCCUUGCCCACCCAUCAGUCACCCUCUUCUUACUAUGGCUCUCUCCUCCAAUCCUGUAUUGCCCGGAAAGCGAUCAAGCCCGGAAAACAACUUCAUGCCCACCUAUACCACAUGGGUCUCGGGUUUGAUUUAUUUCUAGCUACUAAGCUUGUUAAUUUCUACAGCGUUUGUGACUCUUUACGUAAUGCACACCUCUUGUUUGAUAGAAUUCCUAAGAGUAAUUUAUUUCUUUGGAAUGUUUUGAUUCGGGGAUACGCAUGGAAUGGGCCGUAUGAGGCGGCAAUUUCUCUCUAUCACCAAAUGCUUGAACAUGGGCUUGCGCCCGAUAAUUUUACCUUUCCGUUUGUGCUCAAGGCCUGCUCAGCACUUUCUGCCAUUGAAGAGGGGAGGAACAUUCAUGAACAUGCAAUACGGACUGGGUGGGGGAAGGAUGUUUUUGUGGGUGCGGCUUUAAUUGACAUGUAUGCAAAGUGUGGUUGUGUGGGGAGUGCUCGCAAAGUGUUCGAUAAAAUUGAAGAAAGAGAUGCUGUGUUAUGGAACUCUAUGCUUGCUGCUUAUUCACAAAAUGGGCAUCCUGAUGAGUCACUCACUCUAUGUAGUGAAAUGGCAUUAGCGGGUCUAAGACCCACAGAGGCAACCCUUGUGACAGUGAUAUCAGCUUCAGCUGACAUUGCGGCUCUUCCUCAAGGGAAGGAGCUUCACGGGUUUAGUUGGAGGCAUGGAUUUGAGUCCAAUGACAAGGUAAAGACUGCACUGGUAGAUAUGUAUGCCAAAUGUGGUUCUGUGAAGGUUGCUAGGAAUUUGUUUGAACGGCUUAAGGAGAAAAGAGUUGUCUCUUGGAAUGCCAUAAUUACUGGGUAUGCAAUGCAUGGUCAUGCUACUGAAGCAUUGGAUUUAUUUGAGGAGAUGAAGGAAAAAUCUCUCCCUGAUCACAUAACUUUUGUGGGUGUUCUAGCAGCUUGCAGCCAUGGGGGUUUGCUUGAUGAAGGCUGGAUGUUUUUUGAAUCAAUGGUGAGAGAUUACCGCAUAGUUCCUACAAUUCAGCACUAUACAUGCAUGGUUGAUCUCCUUGGCCACUGUGGUAGAUUAGAUGAGGCUUACAAUCUUAUAAUGCAAAUGAGAGCAAUGCCAGAUUCUGGAGUGUGGGGUGCUCUGCUGAAUUCAUGCAAAAUCCAUGGAAAUGUAGAGUUGGGUGAAGUUGCAUUAGAGAAAUUGAUUGAGCUUGAUCCUGAUGAUUCUGGCAAUUAUGUGAUUUUAUCAAACAUCUAUGCUCAAGCAGGAAAAUGGGAAGGAGUUGCAAGGCUGAGAAAAUUAAUGAUAGAUAGGGGAAUAAAGAAAGGCACUGCUUAUAGCUGGAUUGAAGUGAAAAAUAAAGUUUAUGCAUUCCUUUCUGGAGAUACUUCUCAUCCUGAUUCUGAUGCAAUAUAUGCAGAACUGAAGAGGCUGGAAGGACGAAUGAAAGAAGCUGGCUAUGUCCCAGAUACUGGAUCAGUUUUCCAUGACGUGGAGGAUGAUGAGAAGACUAAUAUGGUUUGCAGUCACAGUGAAAGGUUAGCAAUUGCAUUUGGACUCAUUUCUACUCCUCCUGGAACUAGGCUUUUGAUAACCAAGAAUCUCCGAGUAUGUGAAGAUUGUCAUGUUGCAAUAAAGUUCAUCUCAAAGAUCACAGAGAGGGAAAUCACUGUCAGAGACGUUAAUCGCUACCAUCAUUUUGAAGAUGGGAUAUGCUCUUGUGGUGAUUACUGGUAAAUGGAAUGAGGAGAAAUUAGAAAAUUUUGGGUUUCAAGGUAUAUAUACCAACAUGGGCUAUUUGCUUGAAGGAGAUGAUGAAGAAUUGUAGAAUGAAUCUGAGUGGAGGAUAAUAUAUACAUGCUUACCAAAGGAAGUACAUCUUGUUAUUUGAAUUUUUUAAACACAUCAGGAAUCUUGUAAAAGUCGAAGAUUUAUGUCUAUGUGAAAAACAUGAACGGCGGAAUAUUAAGUAGUUCAUACUAUCAAGUAGAUUGGGUUUUGUAGAAAGGAAGGCACAAUCUGAUACCAGACAAAAUGCAACAUUGUGUUUCUUUAGGCAUUAAUAUCAAAGAUUGGGUAAAAGAGGCAGGUUGUCUAAUAAUUAUUGAGGCAGUGGAAGUGGCAAGUAGUACCCAAUGGUAAGACCACACCAUUAUUUAAAAUAUCUGAGGAAUUACACUUUUGGGAGACAAAUGAAGUUUCUGAUUCUGUGGCAGUAUGGGGCACGGGCUGCAUGUCAUCAGCUGUUUGCAAGUUAAGAAAAAUUGUUAAGAUGUUUGAACUAGUGGGAGUUUGUUGUUGCCUCAGUUUCUCUUAUAACUCUCUCUAUCCACUCCAAAUAAUAUAGUUUUGGGUUUCAUGCACCAAAAUAUCUUGGUCUGAUUUGGACAAAUUUGUUCUCAAAAUGUAAUGAUGUCUCUGAAAUGGUAAGAUGCAAUGGCCAUCUAAAGCGGAGGAGGGAGAGCUGUUGCACAUGUUUCUGGAAUAACAAUAUUUAGCAAUUUAACAUCAUUUCACAAGAACACUUGGCUUUGGUUUGUGGUCCAUGAAUGAUUGAAGCUCUAAGCAAUGGGACCCACUUUUGUAAUGUAUUAUUUACUUGGAAGAGAACAACCAGAAUGAAACCAAGGCAGGGAAUUUACUUUGUGCCACUCCUAUCAGCAGGUUGUUGGCAGUAACUGCAAUUUCCAGACCAUGCUUAAUGUAGGAUGCCGUUGCAACUCUUUCCUGUUUGCUGAUGCUUCAGUUCUGGCUUUCUAAAAUCCUGCUGCUGACAUUUUUGCAUUGUCAAUUAGCUUCGAUGGGAAGCAAUUUGUUCCUGCAAUGUAAUAGAACCUAUAAGAGCCAGGUCAUGGAGAAGAGCAGAGUAUUAAAGUUUUAUAAGCGCAAUGGCUAGCAGAGGUGAUGCUAGUCUAGAGAGACAGUAGAACACUCUUGGUCUACUUUCCAAUUUUGAUGCAGAACACAAUCCUAAGUCUUGCACCAGAGAGAGAAAAAGUGUGAGAAGUGGGAUGCUAAUGCCAUUUGAGAAAAUACAAAGAAAUACUUUUAGCAACUCCUCUUGUUUGGUUCUUUGAGAAAAUACAAAUAAAUCACUACAAUCAUCUGCCACCCAAGACAAAAAUGAAUUAUGUAUGAAAGACUUUGUUGAAGCUUUCUAAAAGGAUAGAUUUUCAAUAUUGGAUAGCUUUCCAUGUGAAAAAUUACUUGGUUGAAGUA